CUAUCUCUUCUGCGUGUACUCAGAUCUGCCAUUCCUGCUCUCUAGGGUUUUUCACUUCUCCUCCUGCUGAUUCUGCUGUUGCUGUGAUGAUAUAUGUGACGGUGAACUCCUUCUAGUUAGGGAUUUCGAAAGAAUUGGCCGUGUUCUUCGCUGGUCUAGAAUCUCGGAGAGAUGAUAAAGGUGGAGAACUAGCGACGGUAUUGGUGGCAAAUGCGGCUGAUUAUUACUCUACGAUCAUCGAUUCCUCCGAUCGGUUGAAUUCCAGUGGUUUUAGUCUUCAAUUAAUUAUUUACUUUCUUUAAUUUAGUUUCAACGGUGGAGACGUACUUGAGGUGUUUAAUUGAGUGUGAAAGAGAUGGACUUCUUCACUGAAUAUGGGGAGGCUAAUAGAUACAAAAUUUUGGAAGUCGUUGGUAAGGGAAGCUAUGGGGUUGUAUGUGCAGCUAUCGACACACAAACCGGGGAAAAAGUAGCCAUUAAAAAGAUAACAAACAUUUUCGAGCACAUUUCUGAUGCUACCCGGAUUUUGCGAGAAAUAAAAUUGCUCAGGCUUUUGCUGCAUCCUGAUAUAGUUGACAUUAAAUGUAUCAUGUUACCACCUUCUAGGCGAGAAUUCAAGGACAUUUAUGUUAUUUUUGAGCUCAUGGAGUCUGAUCUUCACCAGGUCAUCAAAGCUAACGAUGACUUGACGCCGGAUCACCAUCGAUUCUUCCUAUAUCAGAUGCUACGUGCACUCAAAUACAUGCAUACUGCAAACGUAUACCAUCGGGACCUAAAACCAAAGAAUAUACUGGCCAAUGCUAAUUGUAAGCUUAAAAUAUGUGAUUUUGGAUUAGCAAGAGUUGCCUUUAAUGAUACGCCAGCAACAAUUUUCUGGACGGAUUAUGUGGCUACCAGAUGGUAUAGGGCUCCUGAGCUGUGCGGAUCAUUCUUAUCAAGGUAUACACCUGCUAUCGAUAUCUGGAGUAUUGGCUGCAUCUUUGCGGAAGUACUGACAGGGAAACCACUAUUUCCUGGAAAAAGUGUUGUUCAUCAGUUGGAUUUGAUUACUAAUCUUCUUGGUACACCUUCAUCUGAUACCAUAACCGGAGUUCGGAAUGAUAAAGCCAGAAAAUACUUGACAUCUAUGCGAAAAAAGAAUCCCGUUGGAUUUACUGAGAAAUUUCCAAAUGCAGAUCCUUUAGCCCUUAACUUAUUGAAAAGAUUAUUAGCAUUUGACCCAAAGGAUCGGCCCACUGCAGAGGAGGCACUGGCUGAUCCUUAUUUUAAGGGGCUAGCUAAAAUUGAGAGAGAACCUUCUUGUCAACCCAUCUCGAAGCUAGAAUUUGAGUUUGAGAGACGACGGGUGACUAAGGAGGAUAUUAGAGAGCUUAUUUAUAGAGAAAUACUGGAACAUCAUCCUCAGAUGCUCAAGGAUCACAUGGAGGGCAUUGAUGGCCCAAACUUUAUGUAUCCUAGUGCUGUUGGUCAAUUCAGAAGGCAGUUCAAUUAUCUCCAGGAAAAUAGUGGUCAAAGUGGUCCUGUUAUUCCGCCAGAAAGGAAGCAUGCCUCCCUUCCUCGCUCUACCAUUAACUCAAGUGUGAUACCUCCAAAGUCGAUUGCAAACUUUUCAGUACCUUGUAAUAGGCAAGGUAUGGAAGAAGCAUGCAACAUUGCUAGGGUUACAGAUACAAUUUCAGGAAACGUCGUUAGACCAUUACGCCCUCCACCUAGGUUACCCACAGACAAGCCAGGCCUCAUGAGAGCUAUUGGACCAGUUCUACCUUUCGAGAGUUACAGAAACACAAAUGAUGCAUCUGGUUCACGGUUGGUUACUGUUCACAAUAGUGUUGCUCCAUCUCCCAUGACAAUUUCAAUUUCUCCGGGAACCAAUAAAGAAAAGGAGGAGAUCAGCACUAAAGCACAAGCAAAUGGGAAACCGGCAUCAGAAAUGCCGGUUGAAGUUAAAAGAAGCCAAUUGGAGGACCAAAUAUCGCUUAAUGCUCGAGUAGGGCUUAAGCAAAAGUCACCGUUUAGCGCAACAGCAGCUGCUCACAGGGAGGUGGGAACAGUUCACCUUGGAUGAUCUUAUACUGUAACAAUGUCUUCUCUUUUUAUUUUUUGUACAGUCUCAGAUAAGUGUUGAUUUGGAAAUUAAAGAUAAUGCGAUUCAAUUCGCGUUUCUCCCCUGGAUUGUAUUCAAAAUGUGAAAAGAAAUUCAAUUAACGACAUUAUAUAAGGGCGAAAUUGCAAUAAUAUGCUGUUUGAACUUUC